AUGGAUCUGGAGGAAGAGCAUUUGCACGAGACGCACUCUGAAAAAAUUAUUCACUGUAGCGAUGGAAUUAUUAUUGAUCAUGCAAUAGAUUCUCAUGUCGAUAAUUGCAGAACAAAUAUUUGUGGUUCUCUUCAGCGAUCGCAAGUUGAUGAGACAGGGGAUGGGAACCACUGGUUUUUUGGUGACCUCUCGCGUCGCCUUCUCCAGGUUGUGGAUUGGGCUGGAGAACGACUGGCGAGUGCUGUUGGUCUCACUGGCUCCAAAUUCGAUGAAUACCUCUGGGAACGCGAGAAUCAGGACAAAGAACUAGCUGAAAGAGAGGCCAACACUUUUAUCAUCAAUCCAACAUCAAUUGAUAACAACAGCACCAUUCCUCUCGUGACAAGCCCAGGACCAGAUGGGCAGAAAGUUAUCAUGAAAGAGGUCAAUUAA